CAUGCCUGCGUGAAGAGACCAAUGGGCAGCCGGAGUCUGAGAUAUAAAUAACGAAUAAAAAAUAUAUAUUCUUGAGGGAGAAAGGGUCACUUGCGCACCGCUGGAUGGGAUCCUUUAGUGCGCUCUGUUGGUAUUCCGCCAUCGCCGCCGCUGGAUUGUCUCUUGACGCCCCUUUUUGGUGACAGCUGUAGCAUUUAGUUGUAGUUUCUUUGAACUCGACGACCUGUGAGCGCGCUAGCAGCUGAUUUAUUUCCCAGCUGGAGAUCAGAUAACAGAGGAGUGAUGGCCACGUCUGAACCGAGAACCACUGGCGGGGACCAGGACCCAAACUCGGAUAAUUUAAGACCUCCGUCUGCAACCAACGAAUAUGCGUGGAUGCACGGAUGCACGCGGAAACUGGGGAUGAAGAUUUGUGGGUUCCUGCAGAAGAACAACAGCCUGGAGGAGAAAGGGAGGCUCGCGGGCCAAAAGAACCUGCUCUCGUGCGACAACAGCGACAGGGACGCGCGCUUCCGCCGCACCGAGACCGACUUCUCUAACCUGUUUGCCAGAGACCUGCUACCAGCCAAAAAUGGAGAAGAGCCUACCAUGCAGUUUUUGCUGGAGGUGGUGGACAUCCUCACAAACUACGUGAAGAAAACUUUCGACCGCUCCACCAAGGUGCUGGACUUCCACCACCCGCACCAGCUCCUGGAGGGCAUGGAGGGCUUCAACCUGGAGCUGUCCGACCAGCCCGAGUCUCUGGAGCAGAUCCUGGUGGACUGCAGGGACACGCUCAAAUAUGGCGUCCGGACAGGCCACCCUCGUUUCUUCAAUCAGCUGUCUUCUGGUUUGGAUAUCAUCGGUCUGGCUGGCGAGUGGCUCACCUCCACCGCCAACACCAACAUGUUCACCUAUGAGAUUGCGCCAGUGUUUGUGCUGAUGGAGCAGCUGACUCUGAAGAAGAUGAGAGAGAUGAUUGGCUGGCCAGGCGGAGAAGGAGAUGGCCUCUUCUCACCUGGGGGCGCCAUCUCCAACAUGUACAGCGUGAUGAUCGCACGCUACAAGUAUUUCCCUGAAGUCAAGACCAAGGGCAUGUCUGCUGCUCCUCGCCUUGUGCUUUUCACAUCCGAGCAUAGCCAUUACUCUAUAAAAAAAGCCGGAGCUGCUCUGGGCUUCGGGACUGAAAACGUCAUAUUGCUGAGUACAGAUGAAAGGGGGAGAGUCAUACCUGCAGAUCUUGAGGCUAAAAUCAUUGAUGUCAAACAGAAGGGUUACGUGCCGUUGUUUGUGAAUGCCACAGGAGGUUCAACUGUUUAUGGUGCGUUUGAUCCCAUCAAUGAGAUUGCUGACAUCUGUGAGAAAUACAACCUGUGGCUACAUGUUGAUGGGGCCUGGGGUGGAGGCCUGCUGAUGUCUAGGAAGCAUCGCCAUAAGCUUAACGGCAUUGAGCGGGCCAAUUCUGUCACAUGGAACCCUCACAAGAUGAUGGGCGUCCCUCUACAGUGCUCAGCAAUCUUGGUCAGAGAGAAGGGAAUCCUUGCAGGCUGCAACUCCAUGUGUGCUGGCUACCUGUUCCAACCUGACAAACAGUACGACGUCACCUAUGACACGGGUGACAAAGCUAUCCAGUGUGGCCGGCAUGUUGACAUCUUUAAGUUCUGGCUCAUGUGGAAAGCCAAGGGUACCAUUGGGUUUGAACAGCACAUUGAUAAGUGUUUGGACCUGUCUCAGUAUCUCUACAACAAGAUCAAGAACAGAGAGGGAUAUAAGAUGGUGUUUGAUGGAGUGCCUCAGCACACCAAUGUUUGCUUCUGGUACAUUCCACCCAGCCUGAGAGGAAUGCCCGACGGAGAUGAGAAGCGGGAAAAACUCCACAGGGUGGCUCCAAAGAUCAAGGCCAUGAUGAUGGAGUCAGGGACCACCAUGGUGGGCUACCAGCCACAGGGCAAUAAAGUCAAUUUCUUCCGUAUGGUCGUGUCCAAUCCGGCAGUCACCCAGUCUGACAUCGACUUCCUCAUCGAUGAGAUUGAGAGGCUGGGUCAUGACCUGUAGACCUAUAAGCUAGCACUGCUCCACAGACAAACGUAGUCUUCUAUCUCUUGCCUUUUAAUGGCAAAUACCAGUGAGGUGAAACAUUGACAGAGUCGCAGACAGAAGAUGAUACAACCUUUGUCAUUGUCUGAAGCAUUAUAAAUGUUCCCACCGCUGAGGUGAAGCAAACAAUGACACUCACACACACACACACCACAUAGUUCCUUCUGUAGAAAAAAUAUAUAAAGAGUAUCAGAGUUGUUCCGGUACAACACACAUAUUUUAAUGUAUGUGUGUCGUAGAAGCUCUGAUAUGUAUGUGACUGUGCAUAAAUGUGUGGAUUUUAGUUUAGUUUUUUUUUUUUUUUUUGUCCUAUGACGUUUGUCUCAUAAUGUCUGUUUGUGUGCAACUGAGGGAGUGUGUGUGAAUAUGCUAAAUCAUAGGAAAAAAACACAGAUAAAAAUAUUAGAUAUAUCAAAUCUUUAUGCUUUAUCAUUUAAUAGCUACUCACAAUUGAAAAACUGGUGCUUUCACACACACACGUAUAUAUAUAUAUAUAUACGUGUGUGUGUAUGUGUGGUGUAUAGAUAUAUAGAUAUAUAUAGAUAUAGAUAUAUACACAGCAUAGAUCCCUAGUGUGUUAAGCUGAGAGGAUUUAGUAUCCUCUGCCAACAGAGCUACAGUCUGCAAUAUUUUUCACAUAGAAUAUUAGUUGUAGGAAUAAGAUUUAUAAUGUCUUCAGAAGCCUGUCAGAACCUUUGACUUGUGAAAUGCUGGCUCGUUGUCUGUUCCAUGCAAUCAUGCAAUACCCAUGAGUGAGUAUAACAUUGAAAGAACAUUAAUAUUUGAUUAUAUAUAUAUAUGAACAAAUAUUUAUUGCAUUUUCACUGUUUGCAGAUUCAGGUAUUUUAUUGUAAAUGUAUCUUUAUCUGUAUUACACAGUAAUACAUUUGUAAAUGUAAUCAUAGAAACUGAGUAAAUUUUAUUUAUAGUGAUUUCGUCUGCCAAAGAAAGCAAAUCGGGAACGGAGCAAUCCAUUGUCCAUUGUCAACUUCUAUACAGAAUAUAGGUGUUUGUGAAAUGUUAUCUAUUAACAUUCGAACGUGAUGCAAUUUCUAUAUUUUGUUUAUUUUUGUGAUUGUGAGUCUUUUUUGACAGAAUGUUUGGAGAUGACUGGCCUUCUGAAGAGAUUUACAAUGAAUCUAUAUAAGCCUCUGGCAGUUUAUUUUUCCAAGAAGCACAAGGAUGCGAGAAUGUACUCUCCUCUGGAGACUGGAAAGAAAGUAAUGUAUCUGUCUGAAUCCUAAAUGUAGUGUAGUAUAUUAACUGUAAUACAUAUUACUUGUAUUCUCAGUGUUACAGGGGCCCAGUGGGAUAUCUUGUACAGAGGGUUCUGUUUAUGUCUUUGCACAAUGUUCACCUUUUCUCUCUUCCAUUGUAAAUGGAUGUGUAUUAAGAAAUAAAUUAACUAAGUAUUUAUGGUAAUUAGGGACCAUAUGUGAAUAGCACAACUGCAUAAAUCAUAUUUAAGGGAAUCUGUGUAAUCUAUGUUGCCAAUGACUCUUGUUUGUGACAAAAUAUGGGUUUUGAUGAAGUCAGGUCUAAGGGAGUGUUUCCCAGGAGGGUUUCAGUAGGCACUUUAACAGAACCAUAACAUCAUGGAAAAAAAACACUAAAUAAUAAAAUCUAUUAAAGAGAAAA